AUGGGAAAUAUACCCUUACCAGGAUUUAGGAAAUGCUUUCAGAAAAAAUCUGCAGAAAUUAAUGAGGAUGAGAAUGCGACUGCUAGUGUUGGAGAACCAGAGCGUGAGGUCUGGUCUAGAAAAUCAGACUACCUAUUGUCUAUGGUGGGAUAUGCGGUGGGACUUGGAAAUGUCUGGAGAUUCCCGUAUCUUGCCUUCAAACAUGGCGGAGGUGCAUUCCUAAUCCCGUAUACAAUUAUGUUGGCGCUGGCUGGCUUGCCUGUGUUCUUUUUGGAAUGUUCACUUGGACAAUUUGCCAGUUUAGGCCCUAUUGAAAUAUGGAGGCUAGUGCCACUCUUUCAAGGUCUUGGUGUUACAAUGGUUCUUAUAUCAGGACUGAUAUCCAUUUACUACAACGUUAUUGUUGCCUAUAGUCUAUAUUAUUUAUUUGCCUCGUUUAACAGUUAUCUGCCAUGGUCUAAGUGCUUUGAAUGGUCAGACAGUAAAUGUCGUAAUAGCAUAUCAGGACUAUGCAAUGUAACUUUGGACAAUGUUACCACAAUAAUGAACGUAUCAUGGGUGAAUGACAACAAUCUCACCUGUAUUGCUGAUAAUAAUACAGAACUACCAAGCAAACAAUACUGGGAAAAAGUGGCUCUGAGGCAAUCAAGUGGCCUUAAUGAGACGGGUCAGGUGGUCUGGUACCUCGCCCUCUGCCUACUGCUGGCAUGGAUUAUAACUGUAGUUUCAUUAUUUAAAGGAAUAAAAUCCUCCGGAAAGGUGGUGUACUUCACAGCCUUGUUCCCGUAUGUUGUCCUAUUUAUCCUCCUUGUCAGAGGAGCUACCUUGGAAGGAGCAAGAGAUGGCAUUGAAUACUAUAUUGGUCAGCAGUCUGACAUUUCGAAGCUCAGUGAUGGGGAAGUCUGGAGAGAUGCUGCUACCCAAAUAUUUUAUUCUCUUUCCACGGCUUGGGGAGGACUAAUUGCCCUCUCAUCAUACAACAAAUUCUACAACAAUUGUUAUUUGGAUUCCGUUGUGGUUAGUGUCAUAAAUUGUCUGACCAGUGUCCUUGCAGGAUUUGCCAUCUUCUCCAUCCUUGGGCACAUGGCACGGGUGUCAGGGAAGAAAGUUUCCCAAGUUGUGGAUGAAGGAUUUGGACUGGCAUUUAUUGCUUAUCCUGAUGCAUUGUCACAACUGCCAGUAUCGCCGCUCUGGUCUAUUCUAUUCUUCUUCAUGCUCCUCGCCUUAGGCCUUGACUCACAGUUUGCUACAAUAGAAACAAUUACAACAACAAUACAGGAUGCAUUUCCAAGAGCCAUGAAAAAAAUGAGGAUUCAACUUACUAUAGCACUAUGCGUUCUGUUAUUUCUUCUCGGGAUUCCAUGUGUCACUCAGGCAGGAAUAUACUGGGUCACUCUCAUUGAUUCCUUCUGUGGUGGAUGGGCUAUUUUAUUUGUUGCAGUGUUGGAGUUAAUAGCAAUAAUUUGGGUUUACGGAGGCAAUAGAGUUAUUAUGGAUAUAGAGAUGAUGAUCGGAAAGAAGCACUGGGUAUUCUGGCUGUGGUGGAGAGUGUGCUGGUAUUUUGUAUCUCCUGUAUUACUAGCGGCGAUUCUGAUUUGGUCACUGGUAACAUUUGAGGCACCUACGUAUAACAAUGCUUCUUAUCCUGCAUGGGGAGUAAUCCUGGGACUGCUGAUGGUGAUUUUCUGUCUGAUUUGGAUUCCCAUUGUUGCCUUUGUAAAAAUAUUUCAAGCUUCAGGAAACAUUUUCCAGCGUAUAGCAAGUUGUUGUAGACCAACUGAAUCCUGGGGUCCUGCCCUACCAGAAAAUCGUGGUGAGAGGUACCAACAUAUGAAGGAUGACAAAGUCAAGGAGGACACAAAAGAAGUGGAAAUUUCAGACAUUAAAGGAUUUGAUAACUCUUUGUUUCAGGGAGACUGAAAAUAAUGUCAUUUAUCUUUACAUUCAGUUACUGUAUAUUACACCGUGUGUGAAUAAUAAAUUAAAUAAACAGA